UGCAAGGCACUUAUUUCACAGGCACCUGCUCCCAGCCUUGUGCAGGCUCCUCAAAGACAUCCCUGCUCCUUUGGGGAGUUUCAUCCCAUUAUCCAGUGCAGUUGGAAAAUCCUGAGUGUUCUGAAUCUCCUUAGGGAAGGACACAGCAAAGCAGCAUAAUAGGCAAGAAUGGCCAAGCUGCAGAACUUCACUUGGGCAGUGGAAGAUAUUUUCAAGGAAACCUUCCUCAAUUACAUGAACAGCUGGAGGAGGAACAUGACAGAAGCAGCGAAUAAACUGCAGGCUGAGGUGGCUGCUGAAAACUUUGACUACGUUAUCCUGUACCUGAUGGUGAUGAUUGGGAUGUUCUCCUUCAUCAUCGUGGCCAUCCUGGUGAGCACUGUGAAAUCCAAGAGGAGGGAGCACUCCAAUGAUCCCUAUCACCAGUACAUCGUGGAGGACUGGGGGGAGAAGUACAAAACCCAGGUUCUGAACCCAGAAGAUCUCAAGUGUGUGAUCCAUGAAAACCUGGGGGCAAGGGAUAAAACAAGCCCAGAGUCACCUUGACUUUCUGGGAAUGCCAGCAGUGAGGGAUUCAUGGAGGCACACAGAGGGAACUCACUGGAAUUCCAAAGAGCUAUGGAAGUGUUGAUUAAAUUUACACACUGGAAUUCCAAAGAGCUAUGGAAGUGUUGAUUAAAUUUACACACUGGAAUUCCAAAGAGCUGUGGAAGUGUUGAUUAAAUUUACACACUGGAAUUCCAAAGAGCUAUGGAAGUGUUGAUUAAAUUUACACACUGGAAUUCCAAAGAGCUGUGGAAGUGUUGAUUCAAUUUACACACAGGAAUUCCAAAGAGCUGUGGAAGUGUUGAUUCAAUUUACACACAGGUCAAUGGAUAAUGGAGUCCUGAGGAAAUCAAUGGGAUGGUUCCCGUGAGGAUCUUGGGAAAGUCCAAGAAAAAUCUGUGAUUGUGCUUCCCUUUGAUAGCCUGUCCUUUGGGAAAAUAAAGACAUGACAAGGAUAA